AUGCCUAAGAAAAUCCUCAUCGUCGGCGCUGGCAUCGCCGGCAUCGCAGGUGCUCUCGCGCUCUCUCGCGAAUUAACCCCCUUCAUCCCCGAUCUUCAAAUCACCAUCUUCGAACGCCACGACAUCCUCUCCACCUCGGGCGGCGCCAUCAACCUCACCCCCGUGGCCCAGCGCCAUCUUGACCAGCUGGGCGUGCUGCACGAACUCGACAAACUCGGCGCAGAAGGCGGCGCCGAUGUCGAUGCCAUUGAGCUGUUUUCUAUCCGCACGGCCAGGUCGCUGGGCAACCUCGACUUCACCGAUAACCACGGCAAUGGGUUCAGCGGAUACAAAGGGCGGAGGGUGAUGCGGAUUGUGCUCUCGUUGGCGAUGUUAACGGUCGUCGACCGCACUCGCAAUGUCGAGAUCGUGUAUGGCAAGAAAUUGGCUCAUGGGCAGGAGAAUGCCCGUGAAGCCACGCUUUUCUUCUCCGACGGGACGUCCGCAACGGGCGAUCUCGUCCUGGGCUGCGAUGGUGUGCACUCGGCCACCAGAACGCAGUGGAUCGAUCCAUCAGCGCCGUCUGAAUAUACCGGCAUUUCUUUCCUGCAGACAACCCUUGCGGCCAGCUCGAUCUCCUCGCCGAUUCACUUCCGCUCGACUGCGAUGAACAUCUCCCGCCAUGGGUCGCUGCUGACGAGUUUCUGCGACCGCGACGGUGAUCAGAUCUUUGCGGCGGCCAUUGUGCAGUUCGACGAACACCUUCUCCCUCAUUACAAAAUUGAACCGGGACAGGACCACAGAACACAAAAUGUGAUUAAGAAUACGCUGCGGGAGGAAAUGCGCGAUCGAUUCGGCAAAUCCGCCAUCCCUUGCAUUAAAGAAAUGACCAGCUUGCAGUCGGAUUGGAUGUUAUACCCGGUGUACCAGGUCCGGCCGGGCGCUCGAUGGCAUACCGGCCGAGCCAUCCUUCUCGGUGAUGCUGCCCAUGCUAUGCCACCCCGCGACGAAUCCGCCGCCUACGCCCUCGACGACGCCAUCCUCUUCUCCCGCAUCCUCGCCCGCUACCGGCACGAACCCCUCUCCGAAGUCUUCAAAGCGUACGAAACCAUCCGCCGCGAAACCGUGAACAACGCGUUCAAAGCCUCGCGGCGAAUGUGGGAGAAGAACAAAGACAUGGGGCUGCUGGAGGGCCGACUGAAGGAGUGGACGUUGCCGUUCCAUAUUCGCAAUUCGAAAGAUGCGCGAGAAGCGGCGUGGGAGUUUGACGCGACCAAGAUUAAUAUUCCGGGGCCGACGGAGUCGUUGUGUUCGUUUGAGAAGCGUAGUUUUUGA